AUGGGAUGCACCCAGCUCCGAGGCGUCGCCCGUGAAUCCAGCGCAGCGUGUGAGUUUCGGCCUCGGGCGUGGUUCUUCAGAGCUGCAGGAGUCGUCGAACACCUCCAGCGCCCCGAGUUCAGAGGAAGCCGCGACCACUGCGACGAAGCCUUCGGCGGCACUUCGCCCACGUGGAAAAGGACCCUCGCGUCGCAAGCAGAAGAGCAUUGGUUUGGAGAAGCCACCCCAGCUUUGCGCCUUGACUUUACCGAACCAGACCUUGCACAAGGCUGCAGCGGAUGCCAACUGCUUCGGCUGGUGGGCCAGGCAGUGCCGCUGGGCGCGGCCGGCGCCCCAGGGUCUGAGUGCCGAGGAGGACAGCGCCUGCAGCGCCAGUGGCCAGGUCUUUCCACCUGCACCAGGUGCCUCAUGGGCCGAUGUCUUGGAACAGAUGACCAGGUGCACCACGGGCUUCUACGAAGGUCGCUACGUUGAGGUCCGGCUGGACGCGGUGGAUUUGGGGCGCCACUGGCCCAUCGAGGGCGGACUGCCCUGGAGUGGCCACGAGGUCACCUUUGGGUUGUGCAUCCCGCGGGGCAAAUGCAAAGACUUUGCCGUCCAGUGGCUCCUGGUUCCGCUGCUCGUGGUGUACCUCCGCCGUGGUGGGCCCGACUUCGUGAACCACGAGGAGAUCUUUCGACAUGCUGAGACGCUGGCAGCCACGCUUUCGCGUCCACCAGGUGACCCACAGCUGCUGCAAGGCACUUUGCACAAGGAGAAGCUCUACGACCUGGCGCGACAGGAGCUGGAAAUGAAGGUGGAUGCUUCCCAGGAGGUCAGUGAUGUCAUAUGCAUCGCCGGCCAUUUGCGUAGUUUCGGCGAGCCCGAGGUCUACCGGAACCUGCGCAAAAACGUCAUCGAGUCCUUGCGCUUCACGGCCCUGCGCACGGUGCUGAUCAGCGAGUUUGGGGCGUCGGCGCCAGAGGAGGAACGGCAGAAUCCUUGGAGA